AUGUCCUUACGCCACUGCCUUUCAUGCUUCGUGGCCAGUGCUGCGCUGAUACAGGGCACUCUGGCCGGCAACCGGGCAUGGGAGUCAUCCCUGCGAUAUCUGGCCCCGCCAGAACGACACCAAAUCACGGUGGACGGGGCGGGUCAUGCGUUUGUGGACAACACGACAGUGAAGCGUCUUGCUGAGCGCUACCUCUCAAUCCAGCCCGAUGCCGGGACGUCUGGCUUCAAGAUCUGGCCAUCGUCGACCAUCAGCUUCUGCUUCGAGACGCAGAACGCGCGCGACACGCUGUGGGAGCAUCUGGAGCUGGCCAUUGAGACGUGGCGCACCGACGGCGAGGGCGGCACCGGCCUGCACCGCGACGUGUACAAGUACAUCGAGGUCUUUGACCCGGGUGCCAGCUGCGUCAACAACAAGCAGCGCGACCGCGUGCUGGUCAUCAGCUACAACGCCGAGGGCCGGCUGUCGACAACUAUCGGUAUUGCGGCGCUCGAUGCCAGCGCCCCCGAGUACAAGGGCCCCUCGAUGGCGCUCUCGGACAAGGCUGGCAUCGGCAUGCUCGACAUCGUGGCCAACUACGCGCACGAGAUCGGCCAUUCCUGGGGACUGUACCACGAGCACCAGAACAUCAACUACUGGGGCAGUCCCUACAAUACCGGCUCCUUUGGCAGCGCCAUCUUUGGCGACAGCUUCGACUGCACCGUCCUCAAGGACUACCCGGACGCCAUCUCGCGCGCCAAGGCCUCGGGCGACGGUGACGAUGACCUGCUGUGUCACUUUCGCGGCGUCGCGGCCAAGUACAAAUUCAGCGCCGUCGACUGGCUGCCCAUCAACGGCCGGACACGCAUGCAUCCCGGCGCCGGUGGUGCCGGGCAGUCUGUGCCCACAUACGCCAACGUCGACUGGAAGUCCAUCAUGUUGUACCCCAGCGGUGCCGGGGCCAUUGGCGAGGCGGCGCCCCCGGGCGGCGACUCCGACAAACGGUCCAACGUGCUGCUGCGCAACGACGGCCAGAAGCUGGGCAUCAACCUGGUGCCGAGCGCGCUGGAUAUUGCCGGCGUGCGACAGCUGUACGAGUCCGAUCUCGGCACCGGCUCCUUUUCCGGCCUUCCAGUCUUGCCCAACAGUAAGAGCAGCAAGUUCUUUGGCAAAUUCAAGGACUCGUUCAAGAAGAAGAAGGGCUACCUAUGA